GAGAGAGUGUGUAUGGAGCUGUGAACACUUUCUCUCAGAGCCCCCUUUAUUCCCCUCCCUACGACCCCCCGAAACCGGAUUAAACCGAUUUAUUUUUUUUCCGUUAAACGUGUCUUAUUCGGGACUAAACCGAGGCGCGAUGUGGAUUCAGGUCCGCACUAUAGACGGGACGGAGACCCGCACGGUGGAAGAUCUGUCCCGGCUCACCAAGAUCGAGUCCCUACGUCUCAAAAUCCAGGAGAUCUUCAAUGUGGACCCUGAGAGACAGCGCUUAUUCUACAGGGGCAAACAGAUGGAGGAUGGCCAGACGCUGUUUGAUUACAACGUUGGCCUAAACGACAUUGUUCAGCUUCUUAUUCGCUCUCACACCGAUCCAGCCGACAGCCCAAGCCCCACCCCUAGCAAUGAAGAAGUCAUGGCUGGUAACUUAACUCCUCCCAGCAGUAGCUCUACCACACCCACAGCAACCACAGUACCCACAGCAACCACGGCUUCCCCAGCAACGGUCAGCAGCAAUAGUGGGUCAGCAUCGGAAAGUCAGCCUUCAACAUCCUCAGCUGCUGACCUCAUCGAUCCUGGGCUCGGAGUUUAUAAGAUUAAUGAGCUGGUGGACUGCAGGGACGUCAGCAUCGGUGCCUGGUUUGAGGCCACCAUCGAGACUGCCACUCUGUCAAGCAAAGGGAGCAAAAGCAAAUCCGAGACAGCAGCAUCCUCCACAGGAAGAGUAGGACGAAGCGGCAAGCGCAUUAAUGGGAAAGUGGAGACGGAGUCAGACACAAACGGCACCGUGCCCCUGAACUCGAACAGUGAUGAGCCUUCAACGUCUAAGACUGAAACAGAAGAUCCUGCCAGGAAUGCUAUCAGCUACCACAUUAAAUACGAGGAUUACCCAGAGAAUGGUGUGGUGGAAAUGAACGCAGAAGACGUGAGGCCUCGAGCCCGGACGCUGCUACGAUUCGAACAGCUGGAGGUGGGACAAGUGGUAAUGGUCAACUACAACCUAGAACUUCCAGAAGAGAGAGGAUUCUGGUAUGAUGCUGAAAUCACGACGCUCAACCACAUCUCCAGAACCAAGAAGGAGGUCCGUGUCAAAAUCUUGCUCGGAGGUCCAAGUGAUGUGAUUGCUGACUGCAAGUUAUUAUUUUUGGAUGAAAUCUACCAAAUUGAGAAGCCUGGAGCCCCUCCUCUCUCUGUCACUGAUGGCCAGUUUAAACGUAAGAGCGGGCCGGAGUGUAAGCACUGUAAAGCCGACCCAGAUGCAGAGUGUCGGUUCUGUUCAUGUUGUGUGUGUGGGGGGAAACAGGACGCACACAUGCAGCUGCUGUGUGAUGAGUGUAACAUGGCCUUCCAUUUGUACUGCCUCAACCCCCCGCUGUCCACCAUUCCAGAGGAUGAAGACUGGUACUGCCCCACUUGUAAGAAUGACACCACUGAAGUGGUGAAGGCAGGUGAAAGGCUGAAAGAAAGUAAGAAGAGGGCCAAGAUGCCUUCAGCAACCAAUGGGAGUCAGCGAGACUGGGGAAAGGGAAUGGCAUGUGUGGGACGUACUAAAGAAUGUACCAUUGUUCCAUCCAAUCACUACGGCCCGGUUCCUGGAAUUCCUGUGGGAACCACCUGGAAGUUUCGUGUCCAGGUGAGUGAGGCGGGGGUGCACAGACCGCAUGUGGGUGGGAUUCACGGACGCAGUAAUGACGGCUCUUACUCGCUGGUGCUGGCCGGAGGAUUCGAAGAUGAAGUGGAUCGAGGAGACGAGUUCACCUACACGGGCAGUGGAGGUCGCGAUCUCUCAGGAAACAAGCGGAUUGGAGAACACUCGUUUGAUCAGACUCUAACACACAUGAACAGGGCACUUGCUCUUAACUGUGAUGCCCCACUGAAUGAUAAAGAUGGGGCGGAGUCUCGUAAUUGGAGGGCGGGGAAACCAGUCAGAGUGAUCCGAAGCUCAAAAGGCAGACGAAUCAGCAAGUAUGCACCAGAGGAAGGAAACCGCUAUGAUGGAAUCUAUAAGGUAGUCAAAUACUGGCCUGAAAUUGGAAAGUGCGGCUUCCUGGUGUGGCGCUAUCUGCUGAGACGUGAUGAUGUGGAGCCUGCACCAUGGACGCCUGAGGGACUCGAGCGCAGCAAAAAGCUGGGACUGAAAGUGCAGUACCCUCCUGGUUAUUUGGAGGCAAUGGCCAAUAAGAGCAGGAAGGAGGCGAGUGUGAGAGGGGGAAGGGGCGGAGCUCCACGGGGUAAACGACAUGGAGGAAGAGGAAGGCCAAGAUGUGGACGGCCGCCAAAGAGGGUAAAGGAGGAAGAGGAGGAAGAGAGAGUGGUCGAGGAACCUGCAGUACACGAGGACGGAGAGACACAGAAAAAUGGAGAAGAGGACACACAGAAAGACACAGUUUGUAAAGAGCAGCAGGAGCCCAAAGCAAAGCGGCUAAAAGAAGUGGAGGCAUUUGUGUUAUCAGAGCAGCAGCGUUCCCUCAUACAGGAGGAUCAUGGGAACAAGAAAGUGUGGGAUGAAGCUCUGGGCUUCCUCACUGAGGGACCGAACUUUCUUCGUAAGGUUGAGCAGAUCUUCAUGUGUGUGUGCUGCCAGGAACUCGCUUAUCAGCCCGUCACCACACCCUGCCAGCACAACGUCUGCAAGACUUGCUUACACCGAUCGUUUCGAGCCGAAGUGUUCACCUGCCCGGCAUGCCGCUACGAUCUGGGGAAAGAUUACGUCAUGGUGCUGAAUAAAAACCUGCAGCAGCUCCUGGAUCAGUUUUUUCCUGGAUACAGCAAGGGCCGAUGAGACGUCACAGGAGACAUGGACAGAAAUAAUCUCCAUCCAGCUCAAUGGCACUUACACACACACACACACACACACACACACACACACAUACACAAUCAGUGCACUAACUCCUACACCAUACACAAUAGCAUAAAAUGCGCACAAACAAGCACAUACACACACACACACAUGCACACACAAUCAGUGCACUAACUCCUACACCCAUCACAAUAACAUACAAAGUGCACACACAAUCACACACACAUGCAUACAAACACGUUUCAUGUAGAUGUUCUUUCAUUAACACCAGCCUGAUACUUGUAUCCCAAGGACACCCAGUUUAUGACCCUGGGCACGACCUCUGCUGGUUGUGCAAGGAUUAUUCCUCCCUACACCUCUGUCAGCUGAAGGACACACACAUACACAAACACACUUUUUUCAAAGGAGCGGCGGAAGACUAGCGACGACUCAUUCCGUUCAACGGAUCUGUUGAGGAUGGACUAAUGGCUAAUGCUAAUCAAUUGUUGCUAACAGGGGUUUAAAAAAAAAAGGCUCACAAAUCUUUACAAAAGUGAUGUAAUUUAACCAAACAAUUCUAACCCGGCAUCAAGGAAUCCAGUUAAUAAGAGUGGAAUAUUCUGAUGGAUUUAAUUUUCAGUUAUGACAAUCGUGUACUUGAUAAUCCUGUUGUUCAUUAAUCGCACCCAUCUAGUUAGCUUUCCCUUCACAUUACAAUUAUGUUACUUGCUGUCUUGUUUUUUUGUUUUUUUCCGGCUGGCUAAAUAGCUACAGCUAGCUGGCUAGCUAACCCUCAUGUUUGCAAUCGCUCCUGUCUAAAUAAAUCGUUUGUUCGACUUAUUAUUUUCACUCAAAAUAAAUUGCAGUAGUUUAAGCGAUUAGUAUAAUAACACAUACAGUAUGUAAUAAUAUAAUUGCCGAACAGCAUAAUAUAUGAUAUUUAUCUAUAAGAUGGCUGCAUAUGUAGGAAUACACAAUAGUGUGUGCGUGUGGGCUCAGAUGAGGAAGAAGGCAAAUAGCACUUUCCCCUGAGCGUCUUAUGAUGCCAUGUGCGUAAGCCAGAGGUCAAAAAGAUGCAGUGGCCAGCUUCACAUGCCUCAAAGGAAGCACUUCACCUUCUUCUGUACCCUCUGCUGUCAUGUGAUAAUUGAAAUUGUACAUGACUAAAUUGAAAAUGAGGACAAAUGCCCCCAAAAUCUGAUUGUUUAUAUGAGGCUUGGUUUGUUGUGUCGGAAAACACUUCAGAAAAAGACACGCUCGCUAACACGUACAAGUAAUUAGUCUGAGACCUAGUAUAUUUAUGGUGAUGUUUUGGCAUCAAUAAUAUGUUUGAAAGUAUCAAUAUUACAGAUUACAUACAAAGAAAAUGAAAUUACUAUUAAUAGGCUUCUUAGUUAGCUAGCUUAGUUUUGGAUUGCUUAACAUCAACAGCUAGCUGGCUAGCUACUUAUUUUGCGCUCUACAAUAAAACACAAUUUAAUUUGUUUAGCCUAAAAUCUCUGAUUAACGUCAUUAAUCAAAUUUGAACACGUGAUUAGCUUUUGGAGAUAAAAACAUUUGAACUAUGACAAACUUACAAGCCAGAAUAGUUGUUUUUUGUAUAUUGUUGUGUAAGUUGAUGGAUCCCAUCCAAGAAUGAGGAGUAUGUUAAUUGCUCCAUUUAGAGAUUAUUAAUCACCCACAGCUAGCUAGGUGAUAAAUACUCUCGUGGGAUAACGGUUUAUUAGAUUUAAAUUGAACAUGUUUGAUAAUACAUUGGAAUAUGUAUAGUCCUAAAUAAAGUCUUUUUUUAUGCUAGCUAUUUUCUAUUCCAGAGCAGAUGGACCAGCGAGCAGAGCAACCCUUGCCAUGCCAUUAUUGUGAUAAUGGUAGCUAGCUAGCAGAUCUUUUGUCAGAUGUCCUGUAAGUAAUCUAAUGCUGCUAACUACUAAGUUUGUGUUCAGGAAAUAUUCAUGUGUUUUUUAUGACUAUUCAUUUCACAGUUACACACACCACAACCCAUAGCUAGCCCGAUAGCACAGUAAGGCUGGCAGCUUAGCUUAUAUUCAUUGUUGCUGGGCUAAUAAUGUUUGGUUAAAAGAAACAUUGCUUCUACCUGGUACUGUUUAUAUUUGAUCGGUUUUCUAAACUUUGGAAAAGUCCACAAACAAUAUGCAAGUGUGAAGUGGUGAGUUCUGAUUGGCCAAGAGCAGCAGGGCUCAGUAUUGGACAUUAGAAAUGAAAAGGUGACCGUUAACACAGUUGUACAUUUGAGUUGAAUUAAAUACAGGGAGAAUUUGUCAUACAUGUAAACUCCAAAUCUGCGUCAAAUGAAAAACAUUUGACCGUCUGGAUAACAAAUAAAAUAUUUAGAUGUUGGUGAAGAGCGGUGACUUUAACUGGAGUUAAAAUUCAGUCAUAAGGAAAAGCUGAUUUACAGGUUUAAACAUUGCCUCCGGGAUUUAAAAAAAAAGGUCCCAGUGUCCCAAACUGUCCAGUCAGUAACAAGCUGUGGUGUUCCUUAGCAUGCCUUAGCUUUUCCUACUUUUAUGUUGAUUUCUUAAAAUUCAGUCUCACAGACAUGUUUUUUUUUUUUCUAUUACAGACCUGCCAACCUUCAUGCAUUUUACCCAGGACGCAUGCGACACAUUUUUAUUUGAUAAAAUUUUGGAGUAUGCUAGAUUUCCCUCAGUAAUUUGCCAACGAAAAUGGCCGAUGAGCUAACCAGCAUAUGAAUCUUGAAUGACUGACAGCUGCGGGGUGUUUUGAACACUCCGAUAAUAAAUUACUUUCUGGAAGCCUCGCUUCUUUCCCCAUGCCACACUAUUAAUCAUUUGGUUUGUCUCGACUCGGUCUGUGAAAACUUUGUGUCAGAGUUCUCCCACUGAAACAACAACCCUCGCUUUCUGCCAUGGUAAAUGGUGAGAGUUCUGGGUUCUUUGUUGUGAAAUCUGUCAGUGUAAUGUCCAUUCCCAAGAUUACACAAAUUUAAAGUUAUCAUCUAAUUAUAUUGAUUCGGGAUGCCACCAAAAUGUUUUCCGCCAAAAGAGAAAAAAGGGCUGAAGGGUUUUAAAAAUUAAAUAGGCCUACAUUGAUGUAAAUAAUGGACCAAAAUUGUAAUUCAAUUUCGUGUUAUGUGCACAGCACUUUUAUCAACAGACGCUGUCACAAAGCAGCUUUAUAGAAAUACACAACUCACAAGUUUAAAUUUUGCAUUUGAAAAUGUUUUCCCUGAUGAGCAAGCCAGAGGCAAUUGUGGCAGUGAAAAAAUAUAUGAGGACGAUAUCUUGAUAUGAAGUAGACUGCUAUGAAACAUUAAUGGCAAUGAUAAUCCAGAAGUCAUUAUGCACACUGUGCAGCGCUCGAUAAACCAGGGUUCAUUUGCGUAUCUAUAUAUAUAUAUAUAUAUAUAUAUAUAUAAACAGGAUUUUACAGUAACUACAAGGCACUUAAGGGGUAGUUGUUUAUAUGCACACUUUUCUAUUAAUAAACACAAACACACACACUUUUACAUUAUAACUAAAAUUGGGCCUCUGCUUCAGCUCGUCCAUUAUGAUAGCAAUGUCACUAAAAGAGAAAUUAAAAGAGAAAGUUCAUCAUAUCCUGAGUGUAAGAACAGUUGCAAAACUCCUGUUAGUAAGCUGGAGAAAGGGGUCACAGAAUUUAUGCUCCGUCAUACAGUUCCAUGAAAAGUAUUUGCCCCUUCCUGAUUUUUCUUUUUUUUUUUUUGGCAUAAUCGUCACACUUAAAUGAUUGAGAUUAAAGUUUAAUAUUACACUAAGAUAACCCGUGUAAAGACAAUUCAUUUAUUAAGUAAAAAGCGAUCCAAACUUACCUGCCCCUAUGUGAAAUAAUAGUUGCCCCUAACUUUUUUCCUAUUAUUUUUUAAGCCAUUUAGAGGUGGACUCGCUGAUGUCUUUCGGCUCAUUGUGCUGUUGCAGAACCCAAGUGAGGUCACAAACUGAUGGCUAGACAUUCUUCUUCAGGAUUUUUUGGUAGAGCUCAGAAUUCAUGGUUUCAACGUCAAAGUCAUAAACUACGUACAAAGCAGCACUAGGCCAUCAUACUACCACCACCAUGUAUAAGUGUUAUGAUGUUCUUAUUAAGAAACACUGUAAGUUUUAUGCCAGAUGUAAAUGGGACGCACACCUUAAAAAAACUUUUAAAAACUUUAAAAAAAAAACCUUUAGCAUUAUCUGUUCAGAGAAUAUUUGCCCCAAAACAAACACGAGAUGAGCCUCUGUGUGCUUUUUGGUCAGCACUGGCUUUUGUCUUUAUGUUCUUAUAUGAGCUCCUGCAUGAGUCGUCAUUGUGGUCUUGAACUAAUUUUGGUCAGCCUCUCCUAGGAAGGUUUACCACUGUUCCAAGUUUUCUCCAUUUGUGGAUAUUGGUUUUCACUGUGGUUAGCUGAAUACACAAAGCCUUAGCUUAGUAACCCUUUCCAGAGUGAUACAUUUAAAUUAAUUUGUUUUUCAUCUGCUCUUGAAUUUAUUUAUAUUGUUUUGGUUUUCUUGAUUCAGCAGGUCUGGCAGUAAUCAAGCCUAGGUGUGGCAAGUGAAAUCUAACUCAGCUUUCCAAAAAUCACAGUUCGUUCAUAAUUUAUCGAUGGGAAAAUUAUUUUUUAAAUAGGUCCAGGUAGGUUUCGACAGCUUUAUUCCCUUAAUAAAUGAAAUAAUCAUUUAAAAACUACUUUUGUAUUUACUUGGGUUGUCUUUAAAAAAAAUUUAAGCGUGACAAAUAUGCAAAAUAAAUAAAUAAAAUUGAGCAAGGGCAAAUACUUUUUCAUGGCAUUACACAGUUUUAAGAUACGAAAAUACCCAUUAACAGCGAAAUGAGCAUUUAUUAGCCAAACACUACAACUUUUAGUGUUCUAAUUUUGGCUGCUCCUGUCAAUGGGCUGCCACAGCAGACCCUCCGAUCAUCAUACAACUUGGCACAAAUUUUAAACCAGAUGCCCUUCCUGACACAACCCUCCCAUUGUAUUCAGAAUUGGGACCGGCCCUAAGAAUGCUCUGCAUCCAGUGGCUGGGACCGGGCAUUGGCUGAAAAUCGAACUUCUGAAUAAAAGGAGAGAAGCCUAACAUUGAGACAGCAAUGCCCACACAAUGACUUUACUGCAAGAUUAAAAAAAAAAAAAGGGUUAGACACAGCUGUCUUCUCGCAUUGCCAAAUGUAAGCAACCGUACCAGAGACAUGGAAAUCUAUCACAGCCCUGAAUGCAAGUUUUUUUUUUUGUUGGUAAUAUUCUUGUUCCUUUUCCGGCAAUAGGAAAAAUGUGUGUGUGUAUGUGUAUACUUUUCUAAUGUCUACAUCUCAUUUAAAAUAGACUACACCCCUACCCCCAGUGCUUUUUGUUUACUGGGAAUCUGUGCGUGUUCUGACACACCAGUAUGUUAAAAUACAAUAAUUAAAAUAUAUUGAAUUUUUACUCAGCAGAACUACUCGUUUUUGUCUUGUGGAUUGGCAGGUCUGUAAUUUAUUAGUGUGAAUAAGCUAGAUGCCAUUCAGUAGUAGGUUAAUGAAGUUAGAACAGUUCUUGUACAUGAAGACAGACUGAAUUAAAUGCACCACUUUGGGAUUAUGAUCCUUUCAAAAUCUGAUACAUUUCAGAUUUCUGCUCUGUUCAUGUCAACAUCACGAACUCCUAUCUGUUUUUAUUUACACAAGCCCAGAGAGGUUACACAGGUUUUGUCCAGAUCAUCUUUACUUUAUAAAUGUUAAGGUUUGUUCAUGCAGUUUGGUUAAAAGAGGAGCUCUGAAGCUAACAGUAACAGUAUAAACGAACUCUUGGAAUGAAUUCUUGUUAAUUAACCCUUGGUAAUGAACUUUUUCUGAAUUAAUUUACGAUAACAUGUGAUGUGAUUUCCAUCUAUGUCACAAGAGUAGACAAACACAAUGAGCCUAAGCUAAUAAAACAUUUUUUUUUAUUGGGUCUUUAGUGAACAUACCCAUUAAAUAUUUACAGUGCUGGAGGAAAAAGUAAGUGAACCCUUGGAGGUUAUAGCUGGACGAACCUCCUUUGGCAGCAAUGACUUCAAGCAAUGUUUUUCAGUAUUUUCUGAAUCAGACCUGCGCAGUGUUCAGAAGAUAUGUUUGACCAUUCCUUUUUACAGAACUUCUUAAGUUUCUGGUGUGUACGGUGCUCUCGAGGUUAAGGUCCACACACUCCAAAAGGCACAUUUUCUUUUUUUGAAGCCAUGCUGCAGUGGAUUUACUUUGAUUCUUAGGGAUACUGUCCUGCUGCAUCGUCCAACUUCUACUAACCUUUAGCUGGCACGCCACCCUGACAUUAUUCUGUACAAUAUUUUGGUAAGCUUGGGAAUAAAUUUGUAAAUCGAUAAUGGCAAGCAGUCUAGGCCCUGGGGCAGCAAAAUAAGCCCAAAGCCCAUGAGGCUCCCUCCAUCAUACUUCACCUGUGGGAUCUUUUGAUGUUGGUUGCUCUUUUUAUGCCAUAUAUAAUUCUGAGUAUUCUUCCCGAACAGUAAAACUUUUGUUUCAUCAAUCCACAAAACAUUUUCCCAGCAGUGCUGUGGAUUGCCAAGGUGCUCUUUGGCAAACUUCAGGUGUGCAGCAAUGGUUGUUUGUUGAGUUACAUAUGGUAGACUUUCUAAACAGAGAUGUUUGCCAGUUCCAGUGGUGUCUUUAAGCCUUUAGCUGUUACUCUUGGGCUCUUCUUUAACUCAUUGAGAAUUCUGCCUUGUGUCUUUGGAGUCGUCUUGGCUGGGCGCCUACUUCCAGGAAUCCAUUUAUAGACAAUUUGUCUUCGACUGAUGGAUGCCUAAACACUCCAUGGUUCACAUCAGCAGAUGCUACUUAUAGAAAGCAAACUUAAACUGUUUGAGUGUCUUUUAUUAAUCGAAGUAGCUCUAAACCACACCUACAAACUCAUUUCAUUCAUUGGACUCCAGGUGUGCAAACCACUGACUCUACUUAGCUUUCGUUGAGGUAAUUAAUCUCUUAAUGGAUUUACUUAAUUUCUUCUUUAGCACUUUCAAUGUUUAAUGGGUGUCUUCAACAAAGACAUGAGAAAUUACAUUUGUUUGUGUUUUAUCAGCUUAAGCACAUUGUGUUUUUCCACUGUUGUGACCAAGAUCACAUAUUAUGGCAAAUUAAUAGGGAAAACCAGUUAAUUCCAAGGGGUUUAUAUAUUUAUUUUGUAUUUCUUGCCACUGUAUGUUAUUUGAGAUCUUUAAUCAUGUUGAAUCAUUUAUAACUGUCGUAAUCUUACUGUAACAUUUGUAUGGAGGUGUCUUAUUACCUGCUCAAUUAUUGCAUAUUGAUUAUUACAGUAAAAAGUACUAUUCAUUAUUAUUAUAGAAAACAGUUACAUCUUCAUGAACAUUUUAUACACUUAUCAAAUUCGCCUUAAAAUUAAGAGUCACACUUUGUCCAAUUGCACAAUCUGUAGACAGUGCAGACUCUUAAGUCCCCAUUGUGGUCAUUAAGACCGCACGUUUUUCCCCAGCUUCAUUAUGUGAAUAACUUUGUAAGGCCCAGAUCGUACUGUACAUUGAAAUAAAUAUUAUCCUUGGUUUGGAGACAUUGAUCAUGUUCAAUAGUUGCCAGGUGCUGAUUAACAGAAACAAUCAGAAGAUAUUGCAGGGUUAACAACAACAGCACCAGGGAAAUAAAUGGGGUGGGGCUAAAGCCAAAAUAUUUUGACAUGUGUAAGCAAACUACAAUUGACAAAUUGACAAUAGCAUAUAAUUUAUAAACUAAAUUUGGCAUAUAAUUUAAAACAAACAUCAUGACUAAAGACAUAAGCUUGCUACAGUAUUAUGUAAUUUCCACUUUUGUUAUUUUAAGAUCUUGACAAAAAAUGGAUGACCUCCCUGGACUUGUGUAAUUGUCAACCUUUUUAUUUCUCAGCACUUUUUUCUUUAAAUCCAUUUUUCUUCUCACCCACAAAACAAACCUUACGUUGAGGCGUUCAACCUGCGUUAAACCAGUAGUCACAGCUCGAGCAUUGGAAUAGUAGUCCUAACAAGUAACAGACAUCACUGGGUCAUCAAGGGCAGAGCUUAAGUUCAAUCUGAUCAACCACCUGCAGACUUGUAACAUCACCAAUUGCCUUUUUAAAUCAUUUUUUGACUUUAAGUGUUUAAAUGCUGGUAUUAAUUUUACAAAAUACUAGAAUAGUAGCCUAAUAGCCAAGCAUUAGCUAUGAAAGAGCAGCACUUCCUUUUGCUAGCAUUAGUAAAAUUCUGCAUUUACUGUAUGUAGCUGGUUAGUUUAGCAGAUGCUGGAGAACUGUUAUGUUUUGUAAUAAUAAAAUAAAAAGGGGACAAAAAGUUUACAGCUGGCUGAUCAGAUGUAAUGGUAUGCUUUGGCCCUGUUGUCAUGGAGACACCUGACCCUGCGAAACCAAGAUUCAAGCCCAAGUCUCUCGUUCUCGCUCGCGUGUUUUUACUCCUCAGUCGUCUGUCCUGUAUGUAAAGGGAGAGAGCAUGUGAUUCAAUUUUUUGUUGUUGUUAUUGUUGCUAUUUUUUUUUCUUUGACUUUUAUUUGAAUUAGUUAAGUGAUUAAAACGCUUCAUAAACUGCUAUACUGUCUCUGCAGCUAACUGUGGCUUUUAAACCCCUUUUUCCUUUUUUUCCCCCUUGGAAAUAUUCUUUUUAAUGUACCCCUGCAAUUGUAGGUGAUGCUAGUAAAUUCCUUUUUUUGUGUGUGAGUUUCACUCUCUCUCAUUGGUUCUCUCUAGUUCUAGGUCUAGCUCCCGUUCCGCUGCUUCGCUUUUCUGCCUUCCGUGUCUGUUCUGUUUCACAGCACGUACUGCAGAAGGAGAAAACGUUUCAACAAUAUGAAAAAGAAAAAAGAAACUCGAUGUGUUAUUCUCACGAGCGCUGAUCAUGCCGUUGUUUUUUCUAGUGUUUAAUCCCUGGUUUAUGUUUAUCAUCGGCUCUGUUGAUGUGGCGAACACUUUCCUGAUGACGCACAACCUGCCUCAGCAGCAACAUGGCUUCAUAUUGUGAUCCCGGAUUUUAUACAUGGUAUUAUACUUGAUAUGUACCUAUUAAAUAUUUUGAUUUCAGAAA